AUGAAGGGAACUCGCUUCCUGCUCAACUCGGUGACAGCCAAGCAGGCCGUUGCCGCUGCGCACCAGAUCAUGAAUCACCCGAGAAGCUACAGCGCCGCUUUGUUGAGCACAGUCCUAUUUUCACCAGAGCGUAUUCAGGAGCGGCCAGAGGGAACACUCGUUUUUCCGUGGGAGGCUAAGCGUGGCAGCCAUAAUAGCAUCAAGUCUGUCCAUGGCGGGGCCCUGUCCAGCUUGGCGGACGCUUUUACGAAGAUACACGUCCGCGCACAUCUGCCACAGAUGUGUGUGGAGUCGGUGAGCUUGGAAAUCAGCUUCCUCUCCGCCGUGUUCGAGGACAAGAAGUGUAACUGCAUGACGCGACUCGUGCGCCAGGAGGGCACCAUCGUCUUCACGGAUUUCUCGCUAGAGGACGAAAACAGCGGCGAGGUGUACGCUCGUGGCACUCACGUCCUGACAACUAGCCCGCGCAUCGGGAGCUGA